AUGCCUCCAGGUGGCCUUCUCUCGCUCCGGCAGCCAGAAGAACGUGUUCGUCAGGAUAAGACGGUGUUCUGCGCAGGUGCGGAGCAGCAGCAGGCCGUUGUCGUUGAAGCCGCGGAGACCGUGAGGACCCAGCACUCCUCUCCAGGCAGUAUGGUCUGUGCCGACGCGGGCGUUGAAGUCACCAAGGACAAUCAACUUGUCCGCCUUCGACACAGUCGCCAAGAGGGCGUGCAGGUCCUCGUAGAAUUUGUCUCGUGCGGCGUCACGACGGUGCCGAUGCAAGGUUCCAUCCACACUUCCAUCCAGCGGAAUCCGCAAGCCCUGUGCACACGGCGCAUCGCACAGGGCACCCUCACCUGGUUUAGCCCGCCGGUCGAGACUGUUGCCCGGGGUGUGGCCGCUGAGAAGAGCCCACCUACGUGGAGACACAGGUGAGAGUUGAGUGCCAGCAAGUGAACGCUAGGCGUAGUCUCGCCCGCAAGCAAGUGAGCGACCACCACUACCAUCACGUGAACCCACCGCUGACACCCCUACACCCGCCUGAACUCCUAAAGAACUUGUCCUCGCACCUAAUCUCUUGAAAUAGCGCUGUGAGUUGACUCAUCAUCCACUGACCUUCGUGCUUGUCACAUCGACUAGAAUUGCCCCUAAUCUCGGUGAUUUCCCCCGAAGAGUUGGCUUACGACUCGGAUUGUCUCUGAGAGAAACUACAGGUUUUGAAUCAAUGGGCCCUUGUUUUGAUCCAUCGCAUCUACCACAUGAGUCGCUUUAGGAGCAAAAGACAGAACACGCACACACAUCGCAGACCUCAUGUGUAUUUCCCUCUGGAGUUAACUUGUCUUUCUUUGCAGUCCUUAACAUAGGAAAUCCAUGUACUCUCUCCGUUAUAUCAACUUGUUUCUGCCUGAUGGCAUUGCUGAAUUUCACAUGAACUUCGUUGUUUCUGCAGUCCCCAUCGGGAGGGUGCAAUCCUGCUACCUGAUUCAGAGAGGUUUCCCACAUCUCUUACCUCUGGUGAAGUUUUAUGCGGCACCACAUUAGAUACUACGUUUCAUCUAUGUGAGCCAACACUGUUCUUCCGCAGUUUACGAGUAAAACGCCUACAAUAGCCUUCAGUGCUCUGUAUAUGUCCUCCAGUGGCUGUUUUCACGAAAUGUUUUGAAAGAUUGACCGGACAGUGCACAUCACAUUCACGCGCACCUAUCCAUUUUUGGUUCAUUUUAUUUGAGGGAAACGUACGUGUUAAACCUUUGAACUCCCAAUUUGUUACAAGGAAGGGGAUUAUUUAAAAAACUUAAAAACGGAAACAUCAAAUGGCUACAGAAAUUCUUCGAAACCAGGCAGAUAAACGAACUAUUCCAACUGUUCAAAACAUUAACACAACUGAAUACCCUGUACAGUAGUCAGACCAGGCAUAAUUGUGGUGCAGAAAAUUGGUACGAUCUCAUUUAUCUGAGGGGGACAUGGGGGACGUCAACAAUCGUGUAGAAUGGACUUGGAAUAAUAAUCUAAUAAAACAAACGUUACUGAAAUAGAGACAGUAACAUUUUAGCAAUAACAAAUUGUUAGAGCGGAACACCAAGAAAAUAUCGGUCGGGUAACAUGAUUUAUAGUGGUAUACUGAUCCAGCUUGACGGAUGUGACCAUGACGAUAUCUGCGGGCACAGCAUUCCAAGUCUCAGCCACCCUGUUGAAGAAAAAGAACUUCCGUGUGUCCAGCCUGGCGCCAGUCACGCGUAAUUUGAGUAGAUGACCUCAGAGGUUGGUUGUGGUUGCUAGCUCAAAGAAACUGCAGGUAAAAGACAGCAGUCCUGACCGCUUCUGAUACGAAUGCUUGUAUCAGGUCUCCACUUAGUUGUCUGCAACUCAGAAUAGAAAGGCCGAAAGUGAAUAACCGUGUCUCGUAGGAUAGCGAACCCUGCCCACUAAUGAGUCCGGUCGAAUGCAUUUAAACUUUCUCAAGGAUGCUGAGGUCUGCAGCGGCCUAGGUUUUCCACGCAUAAAUAGCGAACUCUCACUGUGGCCGCAAAAAUGUUCAACAGACUUUAGCGAAUCAGUUUUCAUCGAAGAUAGAGGCGGCUCGUUUGACAAAGUACAAGACUGACAUCACUGAAUCGGCUACCUCGGAGCAGUGGAACGACGCUUUAAGUGAAACCGUGAUUCAUAUAUCCAAGUCAUUCUGAUUGUCUACAGCCUGCAGUGGUACGCCAUUUAGGUGAUAAACCCUGCGGCUCGGAGGUCGGGUCCCAACAACUCGCGAAUGUGGCGCGGCAAUAGUCUGCAUUACGACCAUUUCUCGAGCCGGUUCAGCUUUACCUGCAAAUACUCUUCGUCAGAUUCAGUUCAGAUGACGUUCCAAAACUGAACAUCGUCAGCGAGCAUAGCAACAUCAUAAUUCAGAUCAGUGACGCAUUCGUUGACGUAUAUAAUGAAAAAGAGUGGGGCCAAGGACGGAGUCUUGAUGAACACCGCCUUCAACCGACUGCCUGUCACCGAAGUGGGCAGUUUGAGAACGACCGAUCACGAAGGAUUCGAUCCACCUCAGGAGAUCACCCCUAAUGCCUAUUCAGCUUAGUUUGUACAGGAGGCGGUGAUGUGGUACACUAUCGAAUGCUUUCUUAGAGUCGACACAGACUGCGUGCACUGCAUUCCAGCCAUCAACGGCAAGGGUCGAGCGUUCCAAACAAUUGAGCAGGUUUAUUACGCAUAACCUGCCUCUUCGGAAUCCGUGCUGGGCAUCGCAUAGCAGAUUAUGCUGCUCUAGGAAACGCAUCAUCUCUCGAUUAAUCAUUUUUCCCGUAAUUUUUUAGCAGAUUGACACGGGGCUGAUUGGUCUGUAGUUGUUUGCUGCUGCCCUAAUAAAGUGGUGUAAUCCGUAAAGAUUUUCAGUAGGCGGGCAAAUAGCCUGCUUCGAACGAGGCUUAUAAGAGCAUGAAGAGAGGUUUAGACAGUUCUUCAACAAGCACCUUUAAAAAUUUGGGCCAUAUAUCAUCCAAAACAGGUGAUUUUGACUAGUUCAGCGUCAGCAGUUCAUUGCGAACAAUAGCUUCGGCAAAAGAGACGGUUUCAAUCGCUGGGUAUUCCAUGAAGUUGCAGUCGGUGGAAAUAAAUGCGCUUUCCCUCGCAUAGAUGGACAUAAAAAUUGCUAAAGGCGCUCUGCCUUUUCUCCGUCUUCACUGAGCUCUUAUUUAUCACUAGCUUUCAAUGAUAGGAUUGGGUCCCUGUCUCGCGUGCUCCUUCUUAUAUAACCAUGGAAUAACUUCGGAUUUUCUGCGGCUCGAUUCAGUAGGUCUUUCUCGAAAGUACGCCGAGGAUUAGUUUUUUUAACUAGGUUCCUCUGUGUCUCGUAUGCAUUAAUUAUUGCCUACGUGAACACUUAUCUCGAAAUGCUUGGCAGAGCAGAGGUGAGUAUCUCCCUUGGAGAGGUUGCACACGCCUUUUAUACUUAAAUCUUGAACUAUGAAGGGUUUCUUCUGACCCGUUUGUGGGAAGCCCAGCGGCCUCGGUGGGAUUUGAAUCAAAAACAACAAGGGCAAGGCUUAAGUACAGCUAACACUAUAAUCACCUGAGCAGCGAGGUCCCACUGGGAGCCGUAAUUGAAAUCACGUCCGUGUCAAGUUACGCACCCAACCUACUGCAACGUCUCGAAUCCACCAACUCUGACACAGUAAGCUGACUGCCCAAGCAGGAUUUCCUAGACAACCAAUCUAGAAUCCACCAGAUGGCUACCAGGCUUACUUAAAUGCUGUUUUGGCAUUUGUUGAAGGGUUUAAUCAGUAUUAUUCGCGCAAAUAUUACUUAUCCUUAUUUACAUAACCCCCUAUUACCACCAUUACUGUACUAAAGGUCGUUUUGCGCUAAAUUCGCGGGGGCUGGGGGAGGUGCACUUAUUUACGCCCAACAAUCCCUGAACAUCUACUAUCAAGGCAGUCACUCAAAGCAAACGCAAUCGGACGAAAAGUGCCCUAAACGGUUGGGAUGGACGUUCUGGCGCAAAUGCUACCUCUGAGGAUGGACUCCUGUACGAGUCUGAAAGCUCAGGAAAAAAAAACACAGUGUUCCGGCGCUCGACUCUUCUUCUUCUUCUUCUUUACUUAUGCAGUUUUUGAAUAUUUACUAUUGCGCUGCUUACUGUUUUGGAGACUUAAGUCAUUGCACAUCUGCCCCUCGAUAAAGUAAGUGGAAAAAUCUGCAUUUUCCGUCGGUGAGACAACUCCAAACUUUAUCGGGUAUCCAGACAACUUGUUACUGUCCGAGAUUUGAAUGAGUAGCAUGCCCUUUUCGCUAAAAUUGGGACUCAGCCGGGGGAAAGGUAGUGCAGUUUGUGAAAUUUAAGACUCUGCGAUCCCCUGAAGAAUACCGGAUGCCAACUGAAAACCAUGCAAGAAUUCGGCACAUUUCAAAUCUCUGAGUUGUCCAUAAGGGCUUGACAAUUCAGGUAGAGUAACCGUCUUCGCCCUGGCGUUAAGGCCGCAUUUCCAGAAAAGUGGCACUUAAAGCACGUGCGCAAUGCCGCGGACGAAACUUGGAGUCUGGUUCUCUGUAGCCAGAGGCAAAAAUUUUCAGAGCAGCAAACAGAUUCGAGGAGAAAAAAGUCGGUAAUGUUUGAUUCAGGACAAUACUAUACUUCAAAAUUCUUAGAAUUCACCGGGGUCUUUAAAGAUGCCUUCCCAAAAUAUUUUCAACUUUCGUGAGUCCGCGUAUAGAAUAGACCACACGGGCAAGGAGACCAUGGAAUGUUAGGGACUGUCAUCGUCUUAGAGAAGGUUCAAAGGCGCUGGCCUAUGAAAACAGACUGUCAACACCCAACCUCUUUCCUCUUUCCUACAAGCAACUACGCGGUGAUCUUAUACAAACCUGCCACACUUUUGGACUCUUCCCUUGUCCCUGGUGUUUUGUUCACUCAGGCUAACACGACCGCUUUGCGCGGUACUCCCCUAAACCUACGCACAGGUAAAACAAGAAUUAAUGGGUUUAACAUUUCGCCCAAUCUGAAAGGUAGUCCACCUUUUGUUCUUAGCAUAACUUAUUAAUAAUAUUGCAAGUUUGGUAGCAAAAACAGUGUGGGUACGCUUUUGGAGUAGAAAAAAGCUGUAGAUACAAUCGUACUAAUAAUUUGCUCUCCUAUCCCUGUUUAACCCAGUCCUUGCGACGUUGGCAUGUACUUUCGAAAAUGAUUCUAAAAUUUUCUUCUGCCAUGGAAAAAAUAACGGUAUCAGGUGAGAGUAGCUUCUACCAGCUUAUCGCAAUUGAAGGAUGGAAUACGAGCAUCUCGUUUUAUCUUAGUACUCCGCUCCAUAAUCCUUGCAGGUGGUCACGUAUUGAAGACCAGUCAGUAGUUGGAAAGUAAUAACACGAAAGACUGCAGAGAGAGGGAUGCCAAAUUUUCGACUUAGUGGCCGUUGUCCGCCGGCCUCCUUGAAGUCGGUGAACACCAUUUCUGUGUAAAUGAAGAUUCGGCUAAAAGGGCGCUGGUCCAGGAACCAUGGCAUUCAAUAAUUGCCUUCCCAGACGCGCGAUCUUUUAUCAAUCAGGCAUGAAAAAUCAAACUCACUUAGGCAAAAGUCAGUUGCGUCCGACUUCGGUGAUUCCUUGCUACUUCAAAUGAUAGUCAGAAGGUGCAAGAUGAUUUUAAGGUCGUUGGCGACAUAAGGCUGUAUGGUUCAACAAUAUUUUAGCUUUCGUGAAGAUACCCUACAGGUGGAAUCAAUUAGAGAACUCAAAAGUAGUAUGAGUACUCAUGACAGCUAUAUUUUCAAAGAACUUUUGUACGAACUGGGCAGCUUAGUUGUGGUUGCACAGUAGACGAUUGAUUGUUUCUUGUGCUUCUUAAAGGGGCCACGCGGUAGCUGCGCUUGACCAAUUUAGGAGCUUAUUCGAAAUUCGGUAACCGUCAAGAAUCGUACGUAGGUUUCAGGUUGCAGUGACUCUUUCUUAAUGUGGCCUUUAUGGCAUUCCCACUCCAUGGGACCCGAGCCAGGUGAGAUGGCGCGCCUAGACGCGGCUCCGGCCACAUUAGCGCCUUUGCUUUGGUUAAAAUCUUAGUCAUUUGCUGCGGGGACCUGGGGGUGAGGAACCGAGCGCCAAGGUGCAGGAUCGAUUGUGCUAUCAAACUGCGUCCACCCCGCCGCCGCUCUUCUCGACUAUGUCCUGACGGUUGGCCCGGGUGGAGAAGGAGACGAGAGUGCGGUAGAUGCUGCGAAAGUUCACGUUCAUUAUAAAAUAACUUACGGGGGACUUACUCGAACUUCGGUAACCGUUAUCAGAAAUGCGCACCGAUAACAAAUGCCAACAUUGGGGUGUGGUGGCAUGUCCGGUUGUCGGUUAAUUUCAUGCUAGUUGGGAUCCGGACAACCUCCUCCCCCAUCCCCAUUUCAAUUGUGUAAAAUCCUGGUCAAUGUCCGUUGUGGACUUGGGGGUGUAAUGGUAAACCUAGGUGCAGCUUUUCGUCCUGCCAGCCACCUGCACUCUCUCCCGCCUCCGGUCUUCUCGACUAUGUUUUGACUUCGAGCUCAGGUGGGGGAGGGGAGAGUGCGGUAAAUGCUGCGCAAGUCUGCUACCACUAUGAAAUAACUCGCUCGCAAGUCACCGUCCCUGUCCUCACCUUCUGCGGAGCACACGGUUGACAUCGUCGGUAACGACAGCCGAACAGUCGGUUUUUUCUAAACCAGACGUCCUUUUUGACUUUUGGACUAUUCACACGGUUUUAGAUGCAUCCCACACUUUUUGCCUCAUGAUAAACUAGCAGCAAAUGUGGAAGCAGUUACGUCAGGGCGUUAUUGACACAUCCAAUCACUUAUCGGCACGAUGAUAACUGGUGAUUGGUCAGAAAACCCUGUCGCCCAUCGACCAUGGAGGUAGUGCUAUCGUCGACUGGACUGCAUAACACAAGCACUUUAGUUAUUGUCACUGUUGCGACGAGGACACGUGAUCCGCCUUUCUCACCCUCUUAAAAUGGAACAUAGCCUAAACGUACUGAGAAAAACGAAGGAAAAGUUCAACUUUACUGCGGAAACUGUAAGAUUUAACCGUGUUGCUCCAAAAUUAGGCUGCUGAUGUUGGGUUAGCAUUAGUUAAGCUUCUGCAAACCGAGAUUAUACAACUGGACGUAAGUCAAAGAAGAUUACAGCUUCCUUUCUAAAGCAUAUUCAGGCAUUUAGGGCGAUUCACAAUCUAAAACUGGCCCAUCAAGAGUACCAGCCGGAAAUAAUUUACUGCCUGCUCAACUGUUUGCUUCAAACGAUGACAUAUGCAUGCAAACGGGAGGUGCUAAAGCUGCUUACCACAAUUGCGUAGGUUUAGCAUAAUUUUUACACAAUUUAGUUCGGAGGAGAAAGGCCUGAGAAAUAUUCUUCGAUUUGGCGGACAAACGCAACUUCUUCUUUUGCUGAAACAGUGUGAGAAACAGCUCAAGCCAGCGGCCUUGACACUGCUCCUUAGGUAACAGUAUUCUAUGUUACUUGUGAAGUCGGUAAUGCCUUUAUUUCGGACAUUUUAAGUACGCGACUAAGAGCUGCCAUUUUAUUUUAUAAGAGCCCUCUGCUCAAGGUGUACCGGUUCUAGUCAACCCUAUAACAUCUCGACAAGAUAUGAUUAUGUAGCCCCACCUGAUGGACGCAGCACUGUUACGGUUGGGGUCAGGGUUGGGAGUUAGGGUUAGGGAUUAGGCAACUAUUUUAAAUCAAGUGCAUCAGAAUGUGCUGCAGAUGCGUUGAAUCAAAGUGAAAGUCGAACUGUAUCACAACAUGCGUUGACCGGGUCAUGGGGAACCUGGGCGAGCCCAUAACGGCUGCCACAUAUUGGAGAUGGCUGUUAUGAGGCGCCUCGACGUAGGCCUCCCUCCGAGCCAGCAAAUGUGCCCAAUCCCAGCACCAGAUGGUUUACAGGCUAGAAGAUUAGACCGUCGACACUAGGGAAUCCAUAUCCGUGACACACUAACACAUCCAUCAAUGUCGUAGAUCGACGCGCCUGAUGCACAGAGAGUCGUGACUUGGAAGGUUGCCAGCCGAAGUAAUAACUCGGUCUCAAUCACAACUCAACUUCCAUAUCCCUCCCUCCUAUGAAGACCUGGUGGAUGUCGUGGAGAUCAUGUUGUGUGUGGCACGCGUAGAUGGGCUAUUCGGCAUUAUCAGCCACUGCGCUUGAGAUAGUCCCCAGGUCGUUUUAACUUUGUCCCGCUACCGGAGUAGGCUGGGUGAUUAAGAAGAGAUAGAAGCAGAUACUACGACAAGUCUGCUUUAUUAUAAAACUGACUCCCGCGCAGAUUACCGUGUUUGUGCUUGGCGUGCUGCGUGGCACACGGCCACGGUCGAGCGUUAAACUAAUUGCCAUAUUUCCCACAAAAUUAGAGAUCUCUACGUGACUAGCUAAGUAAAUGCAUACUGAUAAGUCGUUGCAAGGUAGAAUUUACCAUUGACUUGAGUAAAGAAUACUUGCACACCCACUUGCCAUCCUGUCCUUAUGAUCUUGGCUCACUCAGUAUGAAAAAAAGGAAACGAACUAACUAAUGUAUGAAAAAAUGUAGAGAGGAUUCCAGGAGUACAAACGAUGCACAUAUAACGUUGAAAGUUUAGACUAAAUGGGACGGAAUCUGUGACAUCAAGGGGACAGAAAUCUCCUCGCCGUUUUAUAAUAGUCUAAGGCCAUUUGCACAAAUGUCUUUGUAUUUCCUGUAUUGUUCUAUAAUCUUGUUGUCGAGCAGCAUACCCCUUGUCUGUGCUUAUUUUGAAAUCAGGCAUAAAUACCACCGAAAUACCCUACAAUUAGAUAAUAAUUCUACUUAAGCCUGCUGAAAUACUUGAUCACGUAUACGCUUUUGCAUUUCAAUCCAAUUUGGGGGGUACAUUAUGCUCAUACUUGUGCCCUUCUUUAUUUCUUAACUGUUGUUGUGUCUUGGCUUUGCAAUAGGCUCCCAUAUGGUGGAACUUCAUAGGUGUUGGAAAUAAUUUGAUAACAUUCCAGAAAGCUGCCUAGUCAGAGUAGAAAAGACCGCAUAUUUGGUCUCAGAAGCCAUAACAACAAGCUCGCGACUUUCGGUCAUUUUAUUUGCUUCAUUGUCCACUCUCGCUCGGAACAGCGACAUUAAGUAAGCCGCGUCCUCGGAUUUCUGAUCCCCAAUGUGAAGCAAGUUAUGUGGGUUAAGCAGGGGAGGCGGAUGGUUGACAACUUGACUGCUCCGAAAUCAGGAGGCGGGGAAGAUAGUUAGGUGGGCAAUCCUUUACUGGGGCCGAGAGCGCACAGGCGGCCCAGCAAGCAUUAGGGGCCAGCGUUCUCCCUGGCAAGUAUGAGCCGCAACGCAUGCGCCCGAACAUCGUCCGUUUGCAGCCAUCUAGUGAAAGCAGAACUAUCGAUCGGUGUCGCGGCGCCGCCCGUCAGUGGUUGAACCGCGCGCCUACGCAGUGUUUCUUAUGUGUUCUAUGCAGACCGAAGGCCACAUAGGUAAGCGACGAACGUGAGAGCCGGCAGCUACAGACCUACCGAUUGUGAUAACAAGGCAGAUUGCCAUUGUAUGAUUCGCUCAUAGCUGGGAUCCUAGCCAAAGUUUGGGGGCCUGAUACUGAUAGUCAAUUUCAACUACAGUGAAUGAGCGAUCUCAUGAAAUGUUGGUCGAAAUUCUGAAAUGCGUUUUGGAUUAGGGAGGAUUACUUAGGCGCGGUUGUAAUACUGAUUAUCUUGUGGCCCAAUCCUAUAAUAUUUCGGACUUGGCAGGAUGUCGGCUUUUGAAUACAUUGCUUUUCAAUCCCCUGUAGAAACCGUACUCGGUAAAAAUGACUACUUGAGCAACAUGCAUUUUUCCAUUGAUUUUCGAUGGUUUUGCAAAUUCAAAUAUAUCUUAUAGAAACCAUAAACAAAAAUAUGUUUUCUUUCAGUCAAUUAAUAGAUGAUCACGUCUUCUUUAUAUUUAAUACUCAAGGAAGGAGUAUAAUUAAGUUUUUAAAGUUUUCUAAUUGCCGAAUAAUUUGGAGCCUGAUCAUUCGUUGCAUUAGCGUUUAAUGAUUUUAGUCUUCAAGGUGCAGGCGUUCCGCCUAAAGAAAAUCACGCAUUUUUCUAUGUCAUUAAAAGGAUAUCAUACAGAGUCCAUAAAAUUUUGCAAUGGAUGCGGACUACGUUGUACAUUUCAUGAGAAACUGUGGUAAACGGCCAGGUACGAUCCUAUGUGAAUGGACAUUGCGCGGUCUUAAAAAAUCUCAUAAUCAAAAACUUUUAAAAACCUAAUUAUACUCCUUCCUUCAGUAUAAAAUAUAAAGAAGACGUGAUCAGCUAUUUAUUGACUGAAAGAAAACGUAUUUUUGUUUAUGGUUUCUAUAAGAUAUAUUUGAAUUUGCAAAACCAUCGAAAAUCAAUGGAAAAAUGCAUGCUGCUCAGGUAGUCAUUUUUAUCGAGCACGGUUUCUACAGGGGAUUUAAAAGCAAUGUAUUCAAAAGCUGACAUCCUGCUAAGUCCGAAAUAUUAUAGGAUUAGGCCACAAGAUAAUCAGUAUUACAACCGCGCCUAAGCAGUCCUCCCUAAUCGAAAACGCAUUUGAGAAUUUCGACCAACAUUUCAUGAGAUCGCUCACUCACUGUAAUUGGGCACGGCCGAGCUUUGUGGAAUUUUUUACAAAAUGAGUACAUUGUAUCAGAGUACUUUUAUUUGACGUGCAGCUAUCCUUAGAUAUUUGACCAUGCACAAUCAGGUAGGUUAUUACCGACAAAGACAAGGGAGACUUGAAUGACCAUUUCUGACUACUUAGCCGUUGUCAGCCAGUCGUACCCAACCCCGAAGUGUGGAACACCUGGGGGUCGAACUCGCGACCUGUUAGUUAGAAGUCCAACGCCUCUAACCACUGGGCCACGGGCCCAUUGCCUUGUCGGCCAUUCCAGUCUCCCUUGUCUUUGUCGGUAAUAACAUUCUGCUGAUAUCAUGCGCCGCUGUGCAGCUGCUGGUUGGGUUCAAGAGAGAGCCCGUAAGGCACAACGGAACAAGUGAGUUCUGUAAGAACGUUCGGCGAGCGCCCUCUCUAUCACAAUUAGGUAUUUUGCGGAUUUCGGUUCUUCUAACAUACCCGCUUAACAGGAGCCAAGCGAGGACAGCAAGGUACGCGAAUUCGUACGCGGCCUCUCUGCAGGGAUAAAAGAGUUUUCGCGGAGAUGGAGACACGAUCGAUGGGACAAGAGUUUUAUUAGCCUGCCGUUUCGGAUCCAGAAAAGGGCACAAGUGUUGUAGUAUUUAUAGACAUGCAGUGGAAAAGCAACGGCAUGCCUAUCAAAAAUGACGACUUCCAAAUACAAAAAAGUUGCAUGCGGUGCGAUAAUUGUAUGACUUUCUGGGUGUUGUGGCAUGCAGUUGCAAUGUGUUCGCAGAACCGUCAAAGUUGGUGGUCCCCACGAGAUCUGCCUAAUUAGCCGCAGUCGAGUCACUACCCAAAAGGUUUAAUGAGAAUCCUUUCCACCCAACCCAUUCCCCGCAGGGCCGCUCAUUCCCUUCGUGGUCAAGUUGCAAUACAUGAAGCUGAUCCGUCCCACGAAAUUCUAGUGGCACAACUGCAUGAAUCGCCUGAGAUUUCUUCAAUCACAUUGGAGGUACACUGAUGAUUUAAAUGACGCGCAAACAGCUCUCAAUACCCUUUAGCCUUUUUUAGCUUAUUUACGCAUUUGUUAGAUCUUUGUAAGCUGGCCUUCUGAGACGUUCCUUAUUGAGCUACUGAAAUCAAAAGUAUGCCAUUUGAGAAAACGAUUAUCAGGCUGUGUAUAGGUAGACAGAGCGCCCAGAUACACUUGACAGAACUUAUCAAAAAUAUCACUACGGGUUUUCUUUCAAAAACAGAGCAGACUGCGUUGGAAUUCCCACGACUUUGAGUUUGGUGAUACUCAGAAAGACGCCUAUUUUACCAUCCGCUUUGCAUAGACGAGAGAAUUGAGCUUCAGAUUGCAAUUAAGAAAGUAUAUUUCCUGACUUGAAAGUUUUUUUCUCAUUGUCAUAGAGCUGGGGAAUCCGAAAUAAACGACAGAGAAACAGGCAACUAAAAGUGUUGAAUAUUUGCGCACAUAACAGCGGAGGGCGCGCAAAGACCUUUGCACGGUCUUCACAAUAAAUGUAUGCAACAGAGAACCAUGGUACACUGCUCGCUUAAAAAAGUUCAGCCAGUGCUAUUAGUGACCUCGGUACAACCGGCAUUAACUGGGGUCUUAAGGAUACGCAAGGACAGCGAAUGUUCGGGUCUGGCUAAGGGUGACGAAACUACUAAUGCACAUCCGUAAUGGGAGGAAAUACUAGCUGGGCUAAUUUAUAUUUGGACGAGGAAAUAGGAUUUCACAGUAAUAAAGUAAUGUAUUGACAAGACGGAUAAAUUUGUUGAGAAAUAUUUCGAACAUAGGGUCUUUAAACUGCCUAACGAUGCACCUUACUCUUUACUCGCCGAUUUUUUAUGUAGAUACUCAUAAAAAUGUGCGGUGAACCCCUGACGAGACGGUAUUUUGCGAGUGACCGCGACUUAGUAAGUUCUAACGGAUUUCAACGUUUCGCAUUUGACCGAAUCAGUGUGGAUUUGUUUUAACUCAUGUUUAUUUUUAUACACAUGCGCCUCCCUAGGUGCCAAAAAUAUUUGCCAAGUGGAGGACACAAUAGUUGGAUAUAUGCUCCGUCCUUUCUUAAUUUAUUUUUUGCCGAGAAUUAUGUCUAACCAUCAGGCAGAAAUGUAUGGGCCCUACUGUGCGUUGAUAUUAACGCCCUGCACACUUCUUGCACAAUACAGAAACACUACCUAACAAGCACUUCGGCAAAUCCGCAAAUCGCUACGUACAAGAAGGCUCUCGCAUGGCUUCUACUUAUCCCAACUAACGGCGUUGUUGACCACCUCUGUUCGGAGGCACCUCCCAGACGAAAGGAAGAGGAAACUGCCGAGGACCAGUCAGUUUGA